GACGAUACUUAGGCUGAACUACGGACACGACUUGGUAGAUCAUGGAACUACGAUGUCUUUUUAUUUUAUUCUCACUCACCGCUGUUUACGGUUUCCCGAACAACAAUGGGUUGUUAAUGGUGAUGAGGGACACGGCGAGUGAGGGCAACAGGUCAUAUAUCAUGUUAGUAGAAGAUGACACACUAACGGCACUUCAGAAUACUGGUGAAAUAGCUGUAGAUUUGGUUCUCACUGAAUACGAUUCUUACAAACGAGGCAUAGGAUUUGACUAUCACGAUAGGCUGAUAUUUUGGAAUGAUGUUCAGAAGCAUGGUGUUUACAAGAUGUCGGACGAUGAUCACGUGACGACAGUGUAUGGGGCAACUUCUUAUAAUGUAGAUGCCCUAGACGUGGAUUGGGUUAACAAGAAAAUAUACUGGACUGAUUCAUCAUAUAAUUGGAUAAUGGUGUCAGAUUAUAAUGGAAUGUACACACAUCCAAUUAUUGUCAAUGACAUUGACUGGCCCCGAGGAAUUGCUGUACAUCCGGGUCAAGGGUACCUGUACUGGUGCGACCUGGGAGAUAAUCCGAAAAUUGAGAUGGCUAAGCUGAAUGGUGAAGAUAGACAAAUAAUAGUCGAUGAAGAGCAUAGUGGCGCUGACGUCAUUCAUACGCCACAUGGUCUGGCCAUCGACUUCCAGGAAAACAAACUUUACUGGACAGAAGGCGGACUGGACAAGAUAAUGUCAGUUACCAUUGACCUUGGUUCUUAUGUGGUUACCGAGGAAUACUCAGGACAAGCAUUUAUACUGCCAUUCAGUAUAGCUAUAAAUCAGAAUAAUUACUUUGUGGGAGACCAUUGGGAACAGAAACUGUAUAUAUUUAACAGAUCCGAUCCCAAUAUCAUCAAAGGUUUUACGAUUUCCAAACGACGACCGCUUGGUAUGUCAUACUACUCGGAAUGGAGACAACAGUUUAUGGAUGGUGAAUGCACCGAUAAUAAUGGUGGAUGUGACCAGCUAUGUGUUGGAGACCCCUCUGGACACCGAUGUCUGUGUACUCAUGGAAGUAUUCUAUCGUCCGAUGGGAAAACAUGUUCACCAGAUAGUCAUUUCCUACCGGGACACCAUCUAGUGUAUUCUACCAGUGACAGCAUCUGCAGUUUACCAGUACAUUACGCAACUUUGAGUGACGUCAUACACGCAGAAUGUUUCAUUACGGGUGUUACUGCAAAGUAUAUGGAUUACGAUUAUCACAAUGACAUGUUGUAUUACUUUGAUAACGUCAGUAAACAUAUUCAACGAUUGAAACUACGAGAAGGGGAGAAUCCAGCGACCAUUGUCUCUAAUGUGCCUAACACACGGGGUAUAGCUGUGAAUUGGAUGGAGGGAACUCUCUACUGGAUUAAUUCACAAGCGAUAUUUGUCUCAUCUGUUACCGGGGAUUAUGUAAAUCCCGUGAUCACUGAUAAUAUAGACCAACCAAGAGGAAUAGUCGUGCACCCAGAGAAAAAGUUGUUGUUUUGGGCUGACAGUGGAAGCCUGCCAAGAAUCGAGAAAUCAAGUCUUACUGGCCGACAAAGAAAAGCAUUUAUAACAUCCGAUCUAGUAUCGCCAACGACAUUGACAAUUGACCAUUCAAAGGACAGACUAUACUGGAUAGAUGCGGGGAGUUCCAGGCUAGAAUCUAUCGGUUUAGAUGGACAGAGUCGAAGCAUCGUUCUAUCUGAUUUGAAUAUACAAACACAGCUAACAGGGCUUGCCAUAUUCCAGGAUCAUUUGUAUUGGACUCACUAUACCUCGCAGCAACUACUAAUGUAUGACCACUUCGGAGAAAAUUACGUCGACGUAAAAUCACUGAAUGAACCUGCCAUUUCACUAAUGGUGUACGAUAAAACAAAACAGCGUUUGUCGACAGACAGCGAUUGCCAUUCUCAAAAUGGUGGAUGUGUUGAAUUAUGUAUACCCACUGACGAUGGUGCAGAGUGUCUUUGUAGUGAAAUACCUGGCGACCCUAACUGUGUUUCAGUUAUUCGAUGUCCAAUGCAUAUACUUCACGGCAAAAUGUCUCUUAGUUGCGUGAAUACUCCUGGCAAUAAAUGCUAUGUACGCUGUGAUAACUACUUCAUACCAAUCACCGCAGAACCGUCAUUAUGUCAGUCCGACGGUGAAUGGAACAUCGAUACCGACACAUUGUGCAAGUUGGAUGCUGCGAUGGACCAUUUUAUGUUGGUGGCUGACUCCCAGGGCCUGAUAUAUCACGUGAAUACGCUGUCACCGUCAGAACGUCACAUUCCACUACCACUCAGUGACAUAAACAACCCAAUUGCUGUAGAUUACGACCCGGUAGAAAAUAAACUAUACUGGACUGAUUAUGGUCUCAAUACAGUCAACAGAGCUAAUAUGGAUGGCACGGAACGAGAAAUCAUUGCGUCAAUGGACAUCGAAGGAAUUACCGGCUUAGCUCUAGAUGUAGUUAAUCGCAAAGUGUAUUGGACACAUGUCGGAACGUCACGAAUUGAGUACAGUAACUUAGAUGGUUCGGAAGUGCAGUCUGUUAUUACUACUGGACUUGGACAACCUGUUUCUAUUGUUGUGGAUACACACGGAAGCCAUAUAUACUGGUCAGUUACCGGCACUAACGCAAAGAUAGAGCGGUCCAAUCUGGAUGGAAGUGGUAGAGGGGACCUAGUAACGACGGAUAUUGUAGUACCAGCUGGUUUAGCCCUUGAUAUGAAAGAAAACAAAUUAUAUUGGGCUGAUAUACAUUUGAAGAAAAUUGAAACAUUUAAUCUGGCGUCCAACGACCGUCAUAUUUUGGUGUCAUCGUCGAUUGGUCUUCCGUUUGCUCUAGGCGUGUCUGAUCAAUACAUUUACUGGUCAGAUUGGACGACUUUAUCGGUACACAGAGCUGAUAAGUACACGGGUCUCAAUAUUUUUGAAGUUGGACAAAUUGAUUUCAACCGGCCAAAUGGUAUAUGUAUGUUCAUAGCUCCCCCAUCCACAGGUAGCACGACUCCACCACGUGAUAUCCGAGAUAUCACCACGACAUCACCACGUGAUAUUCCGCCACCCACUGCUGGAUAUAAUGAAGCAAGUUCCAUGCCGAUGAUUAUUGGUGGCGCUGGUGCUGGCAUUGUUCUUCUCAUAAUAGUCAUUAUUGUCGUCGUAGCCAUACGCCGAAGGCGAAGGAACACACCGCCACCAUUACAGCACCUCAAUGAACCUGUGUAUGCUGAUAUCGAUGAUCUGGGCAUAAACCCCAAAGGUGACCCAGGGUUAUAUCUACAACCAGUACAAAGUGAAUACCUGACCAUGCGCGGUGACACGACGUCAUCGCCGCCACCUCCCUACUUCAACCAAUCAUACGACAACAACGCAUACGAGAAAGACACUCCGACUCGUCAGGUACACCAAAAUGAAUACAUGGACAUGAAGAAUUAACCGGCGAAUCACACUUACGACACAUUGCCGUAGAUUGCGGAUAGACUAUUUCGGGGGCGGAUCAUGGCCCAUUUGAAGCAUUCGUUUAAUACUUUGGUAAAGACAUCUUUGGCACACAUUUUCCUCACCUAACCAACAAUUCUACAUCGGUUCCGUUUCUGACAACAAUUAGACAGUUAUUAACGUCUUAAUUUGAUUUAAUGAAAACAUUCUUACGGACGAAGUUUUUUGCAUGCAUGAACCUCAAGCUCCGGACCAAGAUAAUGGUGACGUGAGCACCCAGAUAAUGAUGACGUAUGCACCCAAAUAAUGGUGACGUGCACAGCAGAUAAUGGUGACGUGCACACCCAGAUAAUGGUGGCGUACUUUGCCCUUCCAUUUAUACUAUGUUAUUAAUCAUAAAUCCUAAUUAAAACACACCUAGUGCCUCUUGGCGAAACAGUUAUUGGAGAAUAACUACCCUGGGCGGCCUGGUUGAUGAUCACAAAAUCCGAAAGGUCAACGUUCACGCACAUAUGUACAUGUGAUGCUUAACAAAAUGGUGGAGAAUAUUUAUAGCAUAGUAUUUUCAUUUGAAAAUAGUGGUAUGGUUCCCAUUUACGAAUUUCUUGCAAAAUAGUUUACAAACUUACUGAAGGCCUUCAAAAGUAUGUUUUAAGUACGAUAACAAUCUCUCAUCUUGAAUCUUCCGGGAUAUACGCCCCCCCCCCGCGCAAUAACAUGUUAUCUUGGGUCGGACUCUUUAUCCCAGAAACGCCCUCGUGGCCGGAAUUUAUCCUAGGCAAGGCAAUGUGAAUAACGUUUUUACAUUUUAAUUUUCGAUAUUGAAUUCUGAUAUAUACACUGGAUUAUACAUUACAUUAAACAUGAAUCGAACUACAAAAUAAGCAUGCGUUUUAAAUUUUCUUGUACGUACUAACUAUUUCAAAGCGUAUGCGGACAUAUUUUUCUUCUGGAAAUUUCGCGUCGGCCCAAUUUUAUUUCAUAUAGGAUAUUAUCAUAUAAAACAAUAACC